AGCGAGUGGGAUCUCUGUGGGAGAAAUGUUUGGCAGGAGGAUGAUUCAGUACUCCAUUCUCUUGCUGUGGAUGCGACUGGAUUGGGGCCUCUUGCUCAGUCCCAGCGACCCCAACGUGUGCAGCUACUGGGAAAGCUUCACAACCCCCUCCAAGGAGUCCUACGUGCAGCCCUACUCCCAGGCCUUCGAGGAGCCUUGCGACGGCUCGUGGCCCUUCGCCAAGACCUGCACUCGCCACAAGGUUCUCUACAAGGCAGCCUAUCGGCAAGGCGUGAAGAUCGACUACAGGAGGCGCCAUCACUGUUGCAAUGGCUACUACGAGAGCGAGGAGCGCUGCGUCCCUAGCUGCGCCCAGGAGUGCGUCCACGGGAGGUGUGUGGCUCCGAACCAAUGCCAGUGUGCCGAUGGCUGGAAAGGCCCCGACUGCUCCAACGGGUGCAACCGCCUGUCCUGGGGGCCAGACUGCCAGCAACCCUGUGGGUGCCUGAACGGAGGCAGCUGCCACCCCCUGACUGGGGCCUGCCUUUGCCCACCAGGCUACAAGGGCCCCUCCUGCGAGGAGCCCUGCCACCCAGGUACCUACGGCCAGGGCUGCCAGCUGCGCUGCCACUGCGAAAAUGGCGCCGAGUGCGACACGGAGACAGGGGCCUGCCUGUGCGCCCCAGGAUUCAGUGGCCCACACUGCGAGCAGCCCUGCCAAAACGACACCAGCGGCUUCCAGUGCCCAGCCCUGUGCCCUUGCCAGAACGGGGGCAUCUGCCACCCCCCUGAGACCAGCAAGUGCGCCUGCCCUCCAGGGUGGAUGGGUACCAUCUGCUCCUUCCGCUGCCCCGAAGGGCGCUUUGGCUCCAGCUGCCAAGGGGAGUGCAGGUGCCACAACGGAGGCCUCUGCAACCAGGAAUCUGGGCAGUGCCAGUGUGCGCCAGGCUACACUGGGGAAAGGUGCCGCGAGAAGUGCCCCAUCGGCCGCUACGGGCAGGACUGCAGGCAGGAGUGCGACUGCGCCAACGGCGGGCUCUGCUUCCACAUCAACGGAGCCUGCCUCUGCGAAGCCGGUUUCGUGGGCAGCCGCUGCGAGGAGCAAAAGUGCCUGCCAGGUCUCCACGGCCUCUCCUGCAACCUGCCCUGCUUCUGCCACCCACGCCACACACAGAGCUGCCACCCACUCUCUGGAGAAUGCACCUGCAAGCCGGGAUGGGCAGGACUCUUCUGCAACGAGACCUGCCCCCCUGGGAACCAUGGCUUUGGCUGCCAGGAGCCCUGUUUGUGCCUGAACGGAGGGACCUGCGACGGCGAGACGGGGCUCUGCGCUUGCCCGCCAGGCUACAUGGGUGCCCACUGCUCCAGCCACUGCCCUCCUGAAACCUUUGGGGUUAACUGCUCCCUGCCUUGCACCUGCCACAACGCCCUCGCCUGCUCUCCCAUUGACGGGACCUGUGUCUGCAAGGAAGGUUGGCAAGGCGCAGACUGCUCCUUCCCCUGCCCCGCAGGCACCUGGGGCGCUGCUUGCAACGAGACCUGCCGCUGCGCCAACGGAGCUUCUUGCAGCCCGGUCAGUGGGGCGUGCGCAUGCGCGGCAGGCUGGCAUGGCCGCCAGUGUGAGGAGCCCUGCCCGGAAGGCUUCUACGGCCUCAGCUGCAGCAGCAGGUGCUCCUGCCAGAACGCAGAACGCUGUGAUCCUGUUCUGGGGCAGUGCCACUGCCUACCUGGGUGGACAGGCCCCAAUUGCAGCCAGGAGUGCCCAGGCGGCCUGUGGGGGCCCAACUGCAGCCAGCUGUGUCUCUGCAAGAACGGGGCCACCUGCUCCCCCAAGGAUGGGAGCUGUGACUGCCCCCCGGGCUUCCGGGGUGCCACUUGCCAGCGCCCCUGUCAGCCAGGGCGUUAUGGCAAGAAAUGCUCUGUGCCCUGCAAGUGUGCCAACCACUCCAUCUGCCACCCUGUGGACGGUUUGUGUGAUUGCCCUCUUGGCUGGACGGGCAGUGACUGCUCUGAACGCUGCCCUGCAGGGUUCUUUGGUGCCAGCUGCACCCAGCGGUGCCAGUGUUGGUGGGAGGCCCCCUGCGAGCCGGACUCCGGGAGGUGCCUGUGCCCCUCUGGCUACACUGGAGCCCACUGUGAGACCCGGACACUCGACCCGCCCCCCCUGACCAUGGUUCCCGCCAUUCCUGCUGGCAACCCCUCCCCGGGGGCCGUGAUGGGCAUCGUCACCCUGGCUGUCCUGCUGGUGGGCGUGCUAGUGGCCUUCCUCUGCUACCGGCACUGGCAGAAGGACAAGGAACAUCGCCACAUGGCUGUGGCCUACACCACAGCGAGGAUGGAUGCCUCAGAGUACGCCGUGCCAGACGUCCCUCCCAGCUGCACCCACUACUACUCCAACCCCAGCUACCACACCCUGUCGCCCUGCUGCCCCAGCCUCCCCUGCCCCAGCCCCCCUGAGCAGCCUGGCUCCAGCAAGCUGAUCAGCAGUACAAAGAGCCUAGAGCGAGACUGGCUGGGAGUGUGUGGGGCUGACUGCAAUGCCACGCUGCCCGCUGACUGGAAGCACCACAGGGCCACUCCAGCGGAGCCAGGAGGCCCCCAGAUGGACCGCAGCUACAGCUACACUAACGGACUUGGAAGGUAUUACAGUAAAGGCUACGCCAAGGAGGAGACCUUGUACCGACGGAGCGACAGUUCCCUGAGCAGCGAGAACCCCUAUGCCACCAUCAAGGACCUGCCCGUCCUCACAGGGAAGCAGCCCUCGGAGGGAAGCUACAUGGAGAUGAAGUCCCCCGUCAAGCGCGAGAUGUCCUAUGCCGAGAUCGGCCUCUUUGAGGAGGCUGCCCAGAGCCUGGAGGAGGAGGAAAAGGAGGAGGCAGGAGGCAGCUGCUCGGCUGGCGCAGGAGGAAUCUCUUCACAUGCAGCCUCCACCAUUCCCCCCAACCACUACGACUCCCCCAAAAACAGCCACAUCCCUGCCCACUACGACGUGCCCCCGGUCAGGCACUACCCACCAUCGCCCCCCCUUUGCAGGCAGGACCGGUGAGGAGGGCCAGAGCCCCCUGCCCCCCGCCUUCUCAGGGAAGGACUGAGUUCCAACCGGCUCAGCAGCAGCAGGACCUUCAUCCCUCCCGACACCAGCAGGCUUCCUCGCAGCUGCCAGGGGGGCAGGAUGUGGCAGAUCUGGGCCCCAGGGCCACUGGGGGAACCCCUUUGCCCAGUCUCCUGGGCUGGUGUUUUGAAUAGCUGUGAAUAGCAUCAAGGGGGGGUCUUGGGGUUGUUGGGCUGCUUGGCUCAUUUCCAGAGCUUCUUGGGUAGGGGCAGAUCUCUCUGUAUCCUCCCCGCCCCCCAACUUUGACAGAGACUAGUCACUUCAGUCCCAUAAAAGAAAGCUAAGUGGGGCAGGGGGAAAGCACCUUAUAGGCCAACAGGGGGUUGCCCCAUGUACAGAGAUCACCUUUCAUUAGAAUCAUAGAACUAUAGAGUUGGAAUGGACCAGGGGUCAUCUAGUCCAACCCCCUGCAAUG